AUGAGGAUGAAAACCAAGAAUCACAAUCAUCAUCAUCAUAAAGCUCCCAUCAUCCAAUCAUCAAUCUUCCAAUUCACCACAACCCUUAUGGAGCCAAUGAAGAAGCUCAACCUCAAGAAUCCAACACUCCUCGACUCCCUCGACGACUCCAUAUCCAAGUUCCUCGACCGACAAAUCUCCCCUUCCAUCAACCCGACCCUCGUGCUUUCCGAGAACGACGCUCCUGUGGACGAGCUCCCCCCCACUCAGUGCCCCACGACCACCGGUGGGCCCCUCCCCCCGUGCCUCGACGGGCUCUACAUCCGCACGGGCCCAAACCCUCAGUUCUUACCCACGAGCCCUUACUAUGUCCUCGACGGCGAUGGGAUGCUCCACUCGACCCGUAUCUCGGCGGGUCGAGCCACCUUCUGCAGCCGCUACGUCCACACCCACAAGCACGACGUCGAGCGUCGGGCGGGUCGGCCUGUCGUCCCCAACUUCUUCGGGCUCUGCAGAGGCCGCCUCCUGGCGGCCGUUGCCCGUCUGACUGUGCUAACCGCCCGGGUUCUCUCGGGCCAGUUUGACCCGAAGAACCACGGGUUCGGGCCGGCCAACACGAACGUGGCCCUCUUAGGUGGCCGACUCUUCGCCAUGUGCGAGUCCGACCUCCCGUACGAGGUCGGAGUCACGGAGGACGGGGACGUGAAAACCCUCGGCCGAUACAAUUUUGGAAACGAGGACGACGAGCCAUUCCAAAACAUGACGGCCCACCCGAAGGUGGAUCGGGAGACGGGCGACGUGUUCGCGUACCGGUACGACUUCGCGCGCCCGUUCCUUACGUUCUACCGCAUAGAAGGUGGGGAGAAGAAACGAAAGGGCGUGCCGAUAGGGUCCGCGCGUGGUUGCACGAUCGCGCACGACUUCGCGCUCACCGGGUCCCACGCGGUACUCGUUGAGACGCAGAUUGCGGUCAACCCUUGGUGGGUUCUCGGAGGCCGGCCGCCGGUGAGGGUUGUCCCAGGAAAGUCGCCUCGGCUAGGGAUCAUCGGGAAGUAUGCAGAGGACGACCGGGACAUGGUGUGGGUCGACUCGCCCGGUUUCAACCCGCUCCAUUUCGCGAACGCGUGGGAGGAGGAAGGCGGUCGGGGGAUUGUCGAGAUGGUGGCCACGAACAUCACGCAGGUCGAGCACAUCUUAGACGACAUUGCGCGGGCCGGGCUAAAGCUCGAGAAGGUGACGGUAGACAUCGAGACCGGGCAAGUGACGAGGCGCACCAUGUCGACUCGGUUUCUCGACCUCGCGGUCGUCAAUCCAGCUUACGAAACCAAGAAGAACAGAUACGUAUACGCGGGGGAAAUCGGGUCGACAGCCGUGGUCGGGGUAGUGAAGCUCGACUUGUCGCUCAUGGACGAUGAGAAGUGCGAAGACUGCACGGUGGCCAGCCGACAAUACGGGCCAGGCUGCUACGGAAGCGAACCUUUUUUCGUGGCUAGGGAGCCCGAUAACCCGGCGGCUGAGGAGGAUGACGGGUAUUUAGUGACGUAUAUGCAUGAUGAGAAUAUUAAGGAAUCCAAAUUUUUGGUGAUGGACGCAAAAUCGCCGACCCUUGACAUUGUCGCCGCCGUCAGGCUGCCACAACGAGUUCCCAACGGCUUCCACGGUGUCUUUGUGCCUGAGAAUGAUCUCAUGAAAGUCAAAAUAAAUAAUUAA